AUGAAUCGAAGUUGGCUCCAUUCUUCUUUCAUACUUCUGUUGUUGAUUGCAGUACCUUCCGCUCGUACAGACGAUGGACAGAAUGCUUUGAAUCUCCUCAAUACUGGAGGUCGUAAUGGAACAACAGAAAAUGUGACUAUACAUACUACUAGUACGACGACAAUAACAACAACAACAACAACAGGGAACCCCACUACACUUUCAACUAAGAGUACGAACAAUGAUAUCAAUCAUACAACCACCACAGCGACUAUUAAUAUGACAACACCUAUCAGUGUUCUCGAGCUGACUGCCAUCAGCAUCAAAGAGCUUUUCGACAAUGCAACUAAUCCUGCCAGAUUGGUUGAUCGACUAGAUAAUGUAACUAUUGAUGAUGCGAUCGAUGAUGCUGAAGAACUUCUCGACCAGUUAACACUUUUGGACAAUGUUUCUGCUAGUGAGAUACAAGAUUUAACUCAACUGUUUAAUCUUGCAAAAGGCCUUCAAAUGUUAAAACCAUACUUUACUGAUUUAUCCAUGGAAAAUAUGUUGCUACCCAUCAAAAACCUUUCAAAUCUUCGAAGAAUCAAAUCAAAUAUUAGAACAUUAGGAAUUACCAAUCCUAAUUUCAAACAUCUAUUAAACUCUAUUCUUACUAAUUUGACCGAUGCUGUAAAAGGCUCAACGAAUAAUUCAACACAAUCAAAUGAUGCUUCAAGUUUGGAACAGAUUCAAAAGAUUCUAAACGCCAAACGACACGUCUGGACCAGUAAAGACGGCAUUUCUUAUACAAUUGAUGUUCACGAAGAGAAUGCUAUUGGGAAAGGCAAAUACCUGUUCGAUGAAGUACCAUUUGAUGAUUAUUCUUCUGUUACAUGCAUUUAUUAUAACACUAACAAUGAAGAAUUUCGAAGUGCCAGAUCAAAAACAAAACCAGCUUUUUGUGAUGUCUUAGAUACCGAUCUAGCAGAUAUAGAUAAACUAGAAAUGCGUGUGUAUGGGAUGUCUUCACCACCUAAUAUUACUAGCAUUACGUUCGAUGGUGUUUAUGUGCCACAGAAGCAUAUAUUACGUGGUAUAACACCCUUCUUCUUACCGGACAGUUCAAGGGAUAGAUAUGAUGAUCGUAGACUACCGCCACGUAAAUGGCCAGAGCCAUUGUAUCGACCAUCACAUAUCAUACCAGGAUAUUACCCUCGAUCACCGCCUGCUGCUCAAGCAUAUUAUGUUCAACCACCUGUACAAACUGUUCGCUACGUUCAACAGCCAGCCGUUGAAAGUAUCCGUGCCAGCCUACUUCCCACAGCAACAUGUAACCAACCACGAUCACUAUCAGUGAAUGGUAAUUCUCCAUAUGUCAUUGCACAAGACAAUAUAUGGCAAAUAAAUGUCAAUCAAAUAUAUGGCACAUCAAUACCUGUCAAUUCAGUGCAGGUCAAUACUCAGGGAGAUGUGGCCAAUGGAAAUGUUCUUUUAGCACUGCUUGAUAGUAAUCAACAAGGCAUUUCAUACAGUGCUCUAAUGAGUAACGGAAUUCCUGUAACGUUUCAGAAUCUGCCAUCAACACGUGUUGCCUACCUUCAACUUGAGUUUCCUAUCGGGACUCGAACAGAUUUAUAUUCAGUAAAUCUAAUAAUCUGUGCACAAUCAAACGCUUUGCCGGUAUCAAGUAGCCGGAUACAAAAUUUGUUUAUUCCAUCACUCUCUCCGUAUACGACGAACGACGACAACAAUAACGAUCAAGUGCUACUGAAUAGCAUAAUGCCUCAACGUGAAUAUCAACCAGUGCCAUCGGUUGGCUACUCUGCUCUUAAAAAUCCAUCAGGCUUACCUUCACAACAAAGUACAUCUGAUCAGAAUUUACUAUCCAAAUAUCUAGGAUCAGCCAACCAAUAUCAACCAGUUUAUCAACAGUUAGAUCCUUCAUCGUUUCAGCAAAGUCCACCAGACGGCAAUGCACAAAGUAAUCAACAGAUGCCAUUUUAUUCGUCAUUACCAGGACAAUCGUACCAAAAUCCACGGAGUUCCCAACGAAUGUUACUUUCAGUGGGUGAACAACAACCCCUUGAACAAUUAGAUGACCAAUCAGCAUCAUCGUUCGAUGAUGAACAGGAGAAUCAGGCUUCAGAAUCCACUGUACUAACACAACCAAAGCAACAAUUCAAUCAAGUUUAUCAGCAAGCAGCGCCCUGGAUCUAUGGACCAGGACAAACAGAUAAAGACGGAUCGAAUAAUCAACCAUCGGAUGCGUCAUCGUACGGUCUACAACAAAACGGACAGAUACAAUCACAACCAUAUACACAAAACUAUCAACCAGAUCCAUCCUCCUACUAUUCACAAGAUACAUCAGGACAAUCUGGUCAAUUGGGAUCACUGGAUAUUCCCUAUGGAACUUAUGCGGCUCCAAAUGGUCGUGCACCGUUACCUGUUCCUGGAGCAAACAAUCGGAAACCAAAUAACGUUCUUGUUUAUGGUAAACGACCUCCCUUUGAUCAGUAUAAUGAUGACCAAUCAGGACCACAUCCACCGAAUCAAGGUUCUCGUGUACCUCCCAUUAAGCUACGUUAUACAGAUGAACAAGCUCCGUGUGUACUCUAUUAUAUACGUUCAGGAUCACGUCGAAUUAUUUCGAAUUCAACAGAUGAUGAGAGUAUCACUUGGAUUGUACAGGUGCCACCAAAAUAUGGUUAUGGUUCCAUACCGACUCUAGUCAGCGCACAGAAUAUCGAUUUUGAUCAACUAGCUGUUAACUAUCUGAACCCAGAUCAGAGUCCUGCACAGUUAGCCAAUGGUAGUGCUUUAGAAUUCAUUUCAGCACCCGAUGCAAACGAUAUUAGCACAUUUCCUGACGAUACUUUUGUUCACAUGCUGGAAGUCGUUGUUGAUGGAGUUACAUCGCCAGCAUCGCAAUCUUCACUCGAAAUUCGCCUGCUUGUUUGUUUCAAACCAUUAUCUUCAUCACAGUUUGAUCAAUCACAGCUAACGGGUAACCAAAAUCAGCAACCACCUCCGCAAUUUCAAAGACCGCCUCCACCAUUUCAACAAUCACCUUUAAAGCCGCCUCCACCGUGGCAAUCACAAUAUGACCAAUCGAAGUUUCAAUCUCAACAACCAUGGCAAUCUAAUUCACGUACUCCACAAUCGCCGAACAAACCGACAUUGCAAUCAACGAAUACUGCUUCAGCUUCAAGUAGAAAUCCUAGUGCAACACAAAGUUAUUGCAACUGCAAUUGUCAAUGUCCUGCUAAUGCUGUCGAGCCAGUAAUUCAAGGCGCCAAUGUUGUUUAUCAAUAUUUACCGGCAGUGGUGCAACAACCGCAGCAACAGAGAGGUCGCCGCCAACGACGACAAGCAGAUGCUGCCAGUUCUGAAUUCAUUAUGCGAGAAAACUAA